AAAAAGUCCAUAUCAGAUUUCAAUAUUUUCCAAACCAUAAUCCAAUUGCAUGCAUCACAGCCACCCAUGUUUUCCUAACAUAUUUCAACAAAACAUCUCUCAAACUUAUUAACACCAAAAUACCGUCUAUGUUCAUAAACUAAUCUACUCAUUUAUCAUAACUUUCAAAACUAAUCUCACAUUAUAUAUAUACACCAAAUUGUUGUUAAUUUCAGAGUCCUAAGUGCUUGUUAUUUUUCAAAAGUGUUAUAUACAGUGAGCUUAUAGCAUGGCGGUUGAAAGGUCUGGAAUUGCCAAAGAUGUUACAGAAUUGAUUGGAAAAACCCCUUUAGUAUAUCUGAACAAAAUCUUGGAUGGUUCUGUUGCUCGUGUAGCCGCGAAACUUGAAUUGAUGGAGCCAUGCUCCAGUGUAAAAGACAGGAUCGGCUAUAGUAUGAUUACUGAUGCUGAGGAGAAAGGGCUCAUUACGCCUGGCCAGAGUGUCCUCAUUGAGGCGACGAGCGGUAACACGGGCAUCGGAUUGGCCUUCCUAGCAGCAGCAAAAGGCUACAAGCUUAUCAUUACAAUGCCUACUACAAUGAGUCUUGAAAGAAGAACCCUUCUUCUAUCUUUUGGGGCUGAGUUGGUUCUGACAGAUCCUGCAAAGGGAAUGAAAGGGGCAGUUCAGAAAGCGGAAGAGAUAUUGGCCAAGACUCCAAAUGCGUAUAUCCUUCAACAAUUCGACAACCCUGCGAACCCAAAGGUGCACUAUGAAACCACUGGCCCAGAGAUAUGGAAAGGCACAGGAGAGAAAGUUGAUGCACUUGUUAGUGGCAUAGGUACUGGUGGCACCAUAACAGGUGCUGGGAAAUAUCUGAAAGAGCAGAAUCCCAACAUCAAGCUGUAUGGUGUGGAACCAGUUGAAAGUCCUGUACUGUCUGGAGGAAAGCCUGGUCCACACAAAAUUCAAGGGAUUGGCGCUGGUUUCGUUCCCGGUGUAUUGGAUGUUAGUCUUCUUGAUGAAGUAGUUCAAAUAUCAAGUGAUGAAGCAAUUGAAACUGCAAAGGCUCUCGCUCUUAAAGAAGGCCUAUUUGUUGGAAUAUCAUCUGGAGCUGCGGCUGCAGCUGCCAUUAAGAUAGCAAAAAGACCAGAGAAUGCUGGAAAGCUUAUUGUUGUUGUUUUCCCUAGCUUUGGUGAGAGGUACCUAUCGUCUGUGCUGUUUGAAUCGGUGAGACGCGAAGCUGAAAGCCUCACAUUUGAACCAUGAAUUUCAGUUGAAGGAUGUAAUCUAGUUCUGUAAUGAUUUCAAGUGAUGGAUUUUCAGUGGCGAAGCCGGGUUGUGUUUCUGAAUUAUAAUUACUUCAAAAGAGAAGAAUAAUUGUUAGUUUUGCAGAAGACUCCUGUGUUUAGUUGUAUUCAAUAUCUACAAGGAUUGGAUUUCUAUUAAACUUAAGUUUCAGAUUAGUUGGGAUACAAAGAUUAGUUUUCUGUUGUUGGAUUCCAUAAAAUAAAAAUACCUUUCUCAAGACAUUACCAUUAA